GGUAUGUGUGUUAUCCAUAGGUUCUUUUCGUGGUUCCAAGAGAUCAUAUUCGAACAUGGCUAGCGAGAAACCCAUGGCCGAUGAGCCGAUUGUUCAUCGGAUUCGCAUUACUCUGACUUCGAGGAAUGUGAAGAGCUUGGAGAAAGUGUGCUCCGAACUGAUCCGUGGAGCGAAGGACAAGUCGCUGAAGGUGAAGGGACCUGUGCGUAUGCCCACAAAGACCCUGCGCAUUACCACCCGUAAAACUCCUUGCGGUGAAGGUUCGAAGACAUGGGACAGGUUUCAGAUGCGCAUUCACAAGCGCGUGAUCGACUUACACUCGUCAUCCGAGAUCGUGAAGCAGAUCACCUCCAUUAGCAUUGAACCUGGCGUCGAAGUUGAAGUCACAAUUGCCGAUCCUUGAGCGUGCUGUUCAUUUCUUUCGAAAAGUGGACGUGGAGCCGUGAAUAAAUGCUCUGCGCGUUGAAAUGUGACGCGGAUCUGCUGAAACAUUUUCCUCUUGCCAAAUACGAGCUGCACUGAUGUGGUAACGAAGGCAGCGCAUUGUGAAACACGAGAAGUAUCAAAGACACGUACAGUUUUUGCUAGUUACCGGUUGAAGAAAACUGAAAGGACACGGCGCUUUCCGUUUGAGGAUAUAAUGUUGAGGUUUUGCACGACGAAGAAUCGAAGUGACCAUGUUUACUUGUUCUCAAGUUUUCAGUUAGAAUAUCGAUCAUGUUUUUUAAAAUUGCGAUUUCAUUACAGCUGAAACAACAUUUACUUCAUUAUUUUUGCUUCACAAUUUCGCUGCCUGACAAUGGUUGAAAAUAUAGUGGAAAUUGAAUUGUUCAGGACGUACU